UUUAAGGGUCAGUUAAUAGACGUCUCUCAGUACGGCAUCUUUGAAAGUUAUAAAAAUGUUGUUUUAAUUUUACAUUUUUUCAUAUUUUUUACCUGGGUAGGUACUUAUUUGAACUUCGACCUAUCUGGUCGUAGCAGGUGAGUUAAAUGCAUGUAUUUCAUUUUUUCAGGUUGCAUUUCCCUAGAUCCUCCUUCUUAUUCGCCAAUCACACCUCGAAACACUCAUAAUAUAGAUAUAAUAAGUAAACAGAGUGAUUGGUUUAAUCAUUCUGUGGCAUCACCAGAUCCCUAUUUACAGAAUCGACCUGAAGGGAUUGCACAGGAUUAUUUUGAAAAUGGGUUUCAAAGACUUGAAGAUUCUCCAGUAAGGUCAAUGUCACCAGCUACACUAGGUUUAUUAAACUCUCUUAUGGAUGGCAGUGACGAUGACGAUAGUGUCAAAGAUCCGAACUACAUAGUUUCUGAGAGUUCUGUUAUUUCGGAUACCGACAGUGAAUCCAUUUUAUUGCAUACACACAACAUGGACACAUGUAAUAAUAACUUGAAUGAAGAUCAGGGGAAAGAAAUAUGUGAAGAAGAAAGUUCUGUAGCUAACUAUAGCAAUAAUGUAGCAGAAAAUUCUGAAGCUAAUAAUCAUAACGGCGAAGCAGAAACCUCUGUAGCUAAUAAUGGCAACUAUGAAGAAGAAAAUUCUGAAGCAAAUAAUGUCAAUGAUGAAGAAGAAAAUACUGAAAUAACGCUAAAUCGACGGCCAAAACGAGGGCGAAAAAGAAAAUUUGUUGAAUAUACGUUAGCUCAAAGAAAAUGUCGUAAAUAUGCAAAUUUGCCGUACCAAGGCAAAAAUAAAGAAGUAAGCGCAAAGGUGUUUAAAAGCUACACGUGCGUUUGUAAAAAACAGUGUAAUUUGAAAGUGUCUGAAGAAGAAAGAAGAAAAGAAUUUUAUAAAUUCAUCACACUGGGGUCGUACGAAGCUCAAUUACUAUACAUUUGCUCAAAUGUUUCGGAAACAGGUAAAAAACGGUCGUAUGUAUCUGAAAAUACUCAGGUUAAGAAGAAGCCACGAAACUUCUCCAGGACCUAUAAAAUUUCAAAUAUUGUUGUAUGCCGUGAUAUGUUUUUACAAACAUUUCAAAUAACUUCGCAGAAGAUUACUAUUUGUUUAAAAAAACAACGCGAUGGUUUAAAAUUACAUGAUUGUAGAGGUCGUUUAUCUGGAGGGUGGAAUAAAACUCCGCAACAUAAAAUAGAUUUUGUGUGUAAUAUUAUAAAUGGUUUACCAAAAUAUGAGUCUCAUUAUAGAAGGUCUACAAAUGGCGAUGCCUUAUAUUUACAAACCGGAUUGAAUAUGCAAAAAAUUUAUGAUUUAUACAUUAACGAAUUUAAAGAAAUCCAUGGCCACGAUAACAAAAACUAUGUGUCACUAGCCAUUUUUAAAAAGAUUUUUCUGGAACGGUUUAACUUACGAUUCAAAAAUCUUAAGAAAGACACCUGUAAUAAAUGUGACAUGUUUGCAGCAAAAAUAAAGAUCCCGAAUGUUUUGUCAGUAGAUGAUCGCAACAGAUUGCUUUCUGAUAAAGAAAAACAUUUAAAACAAGCUGAAUCUUUACGUUGCUUAAUGAAUAGCCAUAUAGAAAAGGCAAAAGUGGAUGAGUCAUUCGAAUGCAUCACAUUCGACAUGGAAAAAACGUUACCACUGCCACGUAUACCUACGAACGUGGUGUUUUAUAAAAGGCAACUCUGGCUUUAUAACUGCGGCGUCCAUGUAUCCUCUACAAAUGAAGGAUAUUGUUUUAUUUGGGUUGAGGGUGAAGCUGGAAGGGGUGCCCAAGAAGUUGGAUCUUGUUUGAUAAAGUUCAUAAAAGAAAUAAUGCGUCCUAAUGUUGAACGCCUUUCAUUGUGGAGCGAUAGUUGCGGAGGCCAAAACCGAAACAUUAAAAUGGUGCUCUUACUUAAAGUCAUAUUAGCCAGCCAUCCUACCCUAAAAGUAAUUGACCUAAAUUUCCUCGAAUCUGGUCAUACGUUUUUGCCAAAUGACACAGAUUUCGGUAAAAUUGAAAGUCAUUUAAAGCAAUUUCAAAGACUAUACACAGCAGAAGAUUAUAUUAAUGUAAUUAAGACCUGCACAAAAAAGAAUCCGCUAGUGCCAAUGAAAAUGAAAAGGAAUGAUUUUGUAAGUACAGAAAAAUUAGAAAAAAAUAUAACGAAUCGUAAGAUGUUCGUCAAUAAAGUAAAAGUAAAUUGGCUUAAGACUAAACACAUUCAAUUAAGAAAAGAAAAUGAACACUCAUUUUUUAUGAAGACCGACGAUAAUGAGCAUUAUCAGGAGCUUCAUAUAGGGAGAAAAUACAAAGGUAGCUUGCUUCCUUUGAGCGCGGAACUUCUGGUUCCUCUGUGGCCAGAGGGAAAACCUAUAACGCAGGCCAAAUUAAAUGACCUUAAGUCAAUGUUUAAUCUUAUCCCUGAAGACUGCUUAUUAUUUUAUAAAAACCUGAAGGGCAUGGAAGGACCCGACUUUAUUGAAGGGUUCUCUGGUGAGGCUGACUACGAAUUAGAAGACCAGGACGACGAAGAGCUUUCAUCUUAGUUGAAUUAAAUGUUUUUUUCUAUCAA